CCCAAAGUAAUUAUCUAUCGCAUCUGCAAAAAUGCCUGGUGUUCCUCCCAACGCGCUUUCCGAGCUCAAGGCGAAGUUCAAGAAGCUCCUUUCCAAGAAGUCGAAGAAGACAGAAGAUAAGCCUGCGGAGACCAAGCCAGCAGAGACAUCCACAAAUGGCGCUGCUCCAACGGAAACUGCACCUCCUGCCGCUGAGCCUGCUCCCGUAGCUGCCCCAAUCGAGACUAAAGCUGCCGAACCUGCCGCUCCAGUCACUGAAGCUCCUGCUACUACUGCCACUGAAGAGGUCAAGCCUGCGGUGGAGCCUGCUAAGACCGAGGAAACUCUUACUCUCGACUCCACCCCCGCUCCCGUAGUCGAAGAGGCAAAGAAGGAAGAGCCUGCUGCUACCCCGGCACCAAUCGCAGCCGCAUAAAUACGCCCACCUGCAUCCCUUAUCGCAUCGAAUAUAAACAUUUUGUUACGUCGUUGCGACUAUAGUAUGAAUGGAGAGGAGAGUUAGUAAUGGCAGGAGUUCUGAGGUCGGAGUGGACAGGAUAUCUGAUACGUUCGUUCUUCGAGCGAUCGUCAUUGGCGGUGGAGCUUUUACUUUCUCUAAAUACCCCCUUUACGAUGCACGGAU